AAAAUGUGCCCCCCCAAGACAAUUCAAGACAGUUCAAACUCUCACUCAAAAGAAAGAAAAUAGAUAUUUAAUUAAUAUAAAAUGUGUCCAUUAGUAGGUUUACAAAAAAGGCACUGUCCUAACUAUAAGCCCUAAAACACAGAAAGUAGAGGAACGCUCUGCAGCUGCUCUAAAACUGACUUUUCAUCCGGACUACUUUUUACAGUGGGCGCAUGUAGACGGUGACGCAGGUGAUGAACGCGGAAGUAAGUGUUCCAGGGCGGUGAUGUUUUGACAAACUUCAUCCUGAAGCAGCUCCACAGUGAAGUAUUAUUAUUAUUAAGUUCAGAAUGCCUCACUGCGCGGUGAAGACCUGCAGGAACAGAUCGAAGACUGGCGCUAAAUUGUCGUUUCACCGCCUCCCGGUGAGGGAACCUGAGCGGCUCAAACUCUGGCUGUCUGCCCUGAACAUCGAUGUCAGCACUCCGGUGGACGAGCUGAAGAAACACGUUGUGUGCUCGGAGCAUUUUGUCCCGGAGGACUACUCGGUCAGAGGACAGCCGAGGACCAACGCGAUGCACCGUUUCCUGACGCCGACGGCGGUCCCGACUGUGGGCGUGUCCUCCGCAGCUCCAGGUGUCACACAGGAUUCAGGAAAAAACUGGAUCAUGGAUGAGUUCAUGGAUUGUCAUUCGUCUGAAGACAGCCGGGACCUGCUCAAGUCAUUGCAUCGCUGUGGCAUUAAGGUGGAACAGAUUCCCGUUCUGGAGGAAGCUGAGAUCCAAGAGCAGCCACACGUCAGGCAGGAGCUGGUGGAUCGGUGCAUCGGACCAGACAUGGAGUUUAAUACUUCAAAUGAUGCUGAAGUCCGACUUCCCAAAUCAGAACCAACCAGUGACUGUGAGCUGUCCCCGUCUCCUGCUGCUGUGACUGUGAGUGUAAAUGAAAGCAUGAAGGAGGAAUGGAAUGAAAGUGAUGGUUCGUCGUCGCCUCAGAGUCACAGCAUCGAAGUCUACGUGGAACUGGAAGAGCCUCCGAGGGAAGAGAAGACUUGCAGAUUUUGUGGUAAAAGUUUUAAAAAGGAUUCUUAUCUUAUACGACAUGUAGACAAGAUUCACAACGGCAACAAAGCCUUUAAAUGCCUCGAGUGCAACAAGGAGUUUGAACAAAGGUACCAGCUCGUGCUGCAUGUAAGAAUCCACACAGGUGAAAAGCCUUUCAGUUGUGAUUACUGUGACAAAUCCUUUGUUCAGAACUCAAGUCGUCUCGCUCACAUGAGGCUGCACACUGGGGAGAAACCGUACUUUUGUGCUAAAUGUGGGAAAAGUUUUGCCACAAGCAAUCAUUUCAAAUUUUGCAAAGUGCAGAAUGAAUGCGAAAUCACCCAAGACAAAGGGAACGCAGACGAGGACAAGGCCUUUAAAUGCUCCGAAUGCAACAAGGAGUUUAAUCAAAGGCAUCAGCUUGUUCUGCAUGCGAGGAUUCACUCCGGUGAAAAACCCUUCAGUUGUGAUUUCUGCGGCAAAACGUUCACUCAGAACUCCAAUCGUAUUGUUCACAUGAGACAGCACACGGGAGAGAAACCGUAUUAUUGUCAGAAAUGCGGCAAGAGGUUUGCCAGCAGCCACCAUCUUAAACUGUGCACAGGGACACGAAACAAAGGCACUGACAGAUCCUUUCGCUGCACUACGUGUGGCAGAACCUUUCGCACGGAAUCGGACCUGAAGGUGCACGCGGAAGUUCACGUGGCCUGGAAACGACACCUCAGCGAGAAGCUGCAGGGGCAGGAGGGGCUACAAGAGAAGAAACUCAAAGCUGUGUGAGAGUGAGCUUCUCUCUCUGCCGUCCUCCUGCCUGAAACACGGGAAUUGAUCGCAGCGUUCCAUCUUGAAUAAUGUUUCAAUUUCUAAAAUGCAUCCAACUGCAUUCCUUGUCAUGAACACCGUUAUACUCAUCUGACAGAUCAUAAAAUACAACAAAACUAUGGACAGAUGGUGCAGCUAUGCAACACGUCAUAUUUAAUUGACCCCACUCUAAAAUGAGGCUCUGAAAAGUGUUGCUAGAUGUGCAAUAAUCAUAAUCAUAAUCAUAAUGAUCAUUUGAGUAUGUUAAUUUUGCCAUCUAUACAGUGUCUAAUCAAUAAUAAUAAUACUAAAAGUGCCAUUAUGCACAAUAAUUUGACCAUUUCAAGUGUUUGAAUCAAGUUGUUUUGUAUGCACAGUGAAGCUAUCAGGGUUUUUCAUUUCAGAUGUUUUUCGUUGUUGAAUCACAUCAUCUUCCAAAGCUACUUCAGCUUCUGUUCUGAAGGUUUCUGUGUGUGAUGUUAUAGAGUUUGUUCCGGCGCAUCUAUACAUUAUACGUGUUAUUGAGUUACAUAAAUAACCACAUCAGUAAUGAACCAAAGAGGUUUCCCACUCUUCUGGUUGAAUGUAUAAAACAUGUUCCAGUGUUUUAAGGUUUCACGUUUUGUUAAUAAAACGAAAAAGAAAACUUUUCUUCCAUAUUUUUGUCUACAUAAAUGGUACAUGGUAAAUUUUGUUAAACAAAGAAAUUAAGUUUGAGUCCUGCUUCCUAUUUUUUUUCAGACAGUGGAGUUAUGAUGAAUUCAGGAGUCUCACAGCCUGGAGAAAGAAACUGCUCUGUAGUCUGGUGGUACGGAUGUGCAGACAUCUCGCUUUACUGAUGUCACUGAUGCUCCGUAGACGGGUACCAGCAAUGUUCUGGGCUGUGGCAGUUUGUGAUGUUUCAUGUAGGAAGUUGCGCCUAUAACCGGCUCCACCUCAGCUCCACUGUUGUAGACAGAGUCGUGUGUCUUUGCCUCCUUUUCCUUUUCUAAAAUCAACAAUCAGUUCCUUGGUUUUGACCGAGUCCUCCCGGGCGGCAGGGGCCGCUGUCGACGUUUCAGCCUGUGUGUUAUAAAGCUGAGCUGGGAGCAUUAACCCGUUGUUGUCCUUGUGUUUCACCUCACUGUGCGGAUUUCAGUUCCCGCGGAGUUUGUAUCUUCAUUUUAAAGUCCGUGUCACACCUCCAUAUUUACCGGUAAGGUUCACGGUGCCGGUGCUCCAAACAUGGCGACGGGGACGCAGCUGCUCAAACGGCUGGUCAACGAGCGGCUCGCGGCGGCUGCGGUGGAAAUCUUCGGACUCGUGGAAAACACGAUCAGGGAGUAUCAGGAUGAAGUUGUCCGCUCCAGGAGAGAAAUCGUCGAGCUGAAGGAGCAGCUGGAGCAGCUGGCCGAUGUAAAGCCUGAAAUCAUCUUAUUCACAGCAGGCACCCCGUCAGUCACCGGGGAGAUUCUACCUUCUCAGCAGCCAGAACAGCUUCCCAGUGUGCAGACAAAUGAGAUCUUUAACUCUGUGCAGGUCAAAGAGGAGCAGGAGGAUCACAGUAUCAUUCCACCCCAGACGGAUGAUAUUCCUGAGGAUGUAAAAGUCAGACUUACUGAAUCAGAAACAAUGUCUCAGACACAAAGCCAGCUGAACCCGACUUUGAGCACUAUGACAAUGAACAACAACAACAACGAUGAUGAGGAUAUGGAGGAGGAGGAGGAUGAUGAUGAUGAUGAUGACGACGACGAAUGGAAACUCUCAUCCUCUUGUGGUACAGAUCACGAUUACACGUCUCAUUUGGGGCCGGAUCAUGCCCCGAAACACGAAAAGGCUUGUCGUUUCUGUGGCGCGCAGUUUUUCAGGUACUGUGAUCUGGUCAAACACGUAGAACACAUGCACAUGGGAGAGAAGGCGUUCAAAUGCCCUGAAUGUGACAAAGAGUUUGCCCGUAGGGACUAUCUGGGUGUGCAUUCCAGAGUUCACACAGGUGAAAAGCCGUACGAGUGCCCGUACUGCAAGAAAGUGUUUGCUCAGAGUUCAAAUCUGUAUGUUCACUUGAGGCAGCACACGGGGGAAAAACCCUAUUUCUGCAAAUCGUGUGGCAAAAUGGUCGCCCAUAGCUCUCAUCUCAAGAUCUGUGGUACGAGGGAGCCCAAAGAGAAGAAGAAAUUUCGGUGUUUGGUUUGUGGUAAAAAAUUUCACACAGUUUCAAAUCUUCAGGAACAUAUUAAUGUUCACGAUGCCCGGAAACCCAACACUGUUGUGAAGCCUUUUUUACUGUUCAUCCCUCAACAAAUACCAAAAGCACGCAUUGAUUCACAGGUGAUCCAAAAGAAAAACAAUGACAACUGUUGUUGAAAAUUUAUUGGGGUUUUUUUGUAGAUCAAAACCUUUUGAGUCGAGUGAUCACAGUUUGGGGUGUUACAGUUUUUGUGUCUUGUUUAAAAGGAGAUUGCACUUGUUGUGAUGUGUGUUACUUCUCAGGGAUACCUUGUCUUUCUUUGAUAAUUAAAUAAAAUAUGUUUGUAAUGACGAAGA